AUGCAGCCAAGUACUGCAGAAGAGCGGCGAACAGAGAACCAGCAACCACAAAAGGCGCGGAACCCUCUCAAGUUCAAUGCUCUUCGUGGCUAUGUCCAGCGGUUCGAGCAGUGGACGCUUGAGUGGGUUGACUGGUCUGAUCCCGACGAAUGGAGGAAGCGGCUCGCCAACACAACCAAAAUAUCUCCUGCGGAUGAGAACACGCCAUUUCUCGAAGCCAUGAGAGAAAAUGACGUCGAACUUGAGGAUGAUAUCGCGUGCUUCAUCCAGCCUUCCAUAAGUUCGGCCCGCUGGGAGCGUCGCGUGUUACACAUCGCAGGGUUCUGCGUUGGUGCCGAGUUCACACUCCAUAAUACAAUCCCGGUCGAUCCAGCGGUCUCUCAGUUGAUCGGGGCGCAGGAGCCAGAAGCAUGGGUUUCCGACCGAAACUGGGUUGAUGAGACUCUUGUCGGUCCUCGUCCCAACUAUCCGCCCAUACUUAACAAUCGCCAGCUCUACCUGGUUUUGCAGAAGAAGCGCUUCCCUGAAGGUUCCCAAGGUGACGUUGCUGGACCCCCUCGACGAAUCUACAUCAAAAACCCAAAUGGAGCAAGCGUGGCUGCAAUUAUUAAGACAACACCGGCUUCACAGGUAGAGGGUUUUCGCGACCUCUUUGCUGGUUAUAUCACCCCAACACCAGAACCCAAUUUUAUAUUAAGAGAGUCUGAGUGGUGGGGGGGUUGUCUCGUCAUCUCGUUCGAUAUUCCGUACUAUGGCAUCAGUAGUCGGAAGCGCCAGGACUGCCGGACCAUAUUCAACAGCCGGAAGCGAUUGCGGAAGCAGCUGGACCUUGAUUUUCUACACAUGAAAGGUCAUGGUCUGUCUGCUGAUGAGAGCGCUUCCUUCCAUGACGAUCCCAUUUUGCACGAGGCUGUGUUUUCCUUCACAGUGACGGUAAUAAAGGAACACUACUGGACCGUGGGGUGUUUCGACGAUGACUUUUUUGAAGAGGAGCCCAGGCUACCGUCGGAAGAUGAAACCCUGGUGCUGGACGGAGACACGGAUCCCAUCCUCCUCAAGGCGGACGGCAACCUCACCAAGUCCUCAAGGUCAUAUGCACUUGCAGCGCUUGCGAUCGCCCUCUACAAGACCGUUGAGCACCAUGGGAACAUCCAGGACUGGUUCAAAAACAGUCUCUCCCUCCAUACUUCGGACGCCGAAGACGGCUCUCUCGAAAAGAUUUCAGCCAAGGAACUGCAGAAUUGGAUCGAAAAGUUCCCCGAAGCUCUCAACCAUGUGAUCCAUUCCACCUCCAAUCUGGUUAGAAAGCUUGACCAUUUCUUGGAAGAGGAUGUCAUAUUCGGCCCAGAUGCACAGCCUCGAGGCGUCCUAUGGCAAAGCCUGCAGAAUGAUGCGGCUGCCUCCCGCUCUCUGCUCAGAAUCAAGCAGCACCGGAACAAGCUACGUGACAUUGAUACCGAGCUUAGGCAGUUGGCCAUUGCCUGUAAGGAAGUGAGGCGAAAGAGACAAACCGACCACGAGGGCGAACAACAGGUCAUAACAAAGCAGCUUUGCAAGAUUGCUAUUGCUGCAUUUGUCUCGAUGAUACCGGGCACAGUGGCCCAACUCUACUCUGGGAAGCCAAGCAAGGACGAUUCAGAAGACUGGCCUUGGUAUUGGGCCAUGGUGGUGUUCUGCGUUCUGAUGGGUAUUGCUAUAGCCGUAUACCUGUGCUGGCAGCAGGUGCGGCGCUGGUUCGCGCGUGUGGUUGCAUUUUUAUCGGAAACAUUCCGAGCCGUGCGGGGCCGUGCUUGA